AUGGCCAUCAUGCACUACGACCACCAAGCUUCACAACCUGGUUCCCCACCAGCCUCAGGACGCCCCGGGGGAGGGCUGUGUCCCCUUGGAGUGGACACCCUGGUGGCUCAGUGUCCUUGUGUCACCACAGAUGGUCCCGACGAGCCGGCCAUCAGCGUGGAGCCCUUCUCCCCGGAACAUGGUGGCUUCUCGGCGGGCGAGCGGGAGGACGUGGUCUUGACUUGUUUGGCUCCAUCCAACCCACCGAGUCGUUACGUUUGGCUCCACAACGGUUCUCAGGUCCACGUUGGCCAAACCUACGUCAUCCCCACCAUCGCCCGCGCCCAGGCGGGGACCUACACCUGCUUGGCCGAGAACGUCCAUCUCCAAACCCGCACCCAGGCCACCAUCGUCCUCACCGUCUACUAUCCACCAGCUGGGAGCCCCAGUUGCUCAGCCACGGCCACCGGUGGGGAUCUGCAGGACGUGGCCCUGCGGUGCCGUUGGUUGGGGGGGUUCCCGCCGGCGCGGUUGCGUUGGGUGGGUCCCCAGGAGGAGGAGAAGGAGGAGAAGGAGAUGAUGGAGAUGAGCUUCUCCAUGGCCACCAGCAUCCAACCAGGAGCAACCACCAGGAACGGCAGCUCCUUCUCCUGCCUGGCCUCUCACCCGGCGUUGCCGCGGGGCGGCACGUGCGGGACCACCCUGUAUGUCCCCAGGUUGGAGGUGGAGAGGAGCGAGGUGGUGGUGCUGGAGGGCGGCGAGGCGCGGUUGGCGUGCUGGCGGCGCGGUGGUGACGGCGCUGAUCUGGGUGCCACCAUGACUUGGUACAACCCUAAAGAGCAGGAGGUGACAUCUGAGUUGACCAAAUACCGGUUGGAACGAGGAGAAACGUGGGUCAAUCUCACCAUCCGUGAGGCCGAGUGGCCGAGGGACGGCGGGAUCUACCGCUGCGCCGCGGGCAACGCCGUCGGCACCACCAGCCGCGCUGUCCGUUACCCAGCUCCGCCCAACGUCACCAUCAGCAAACUGCGGUACACGCGGGCGCGCACCGAGGUGCGGCUGGAGUGGAGGACACAGGGCAGCGGGAACCUCACCGGCUUCGUGGUCCAACGCCGACAGACCAAGAAACCCGCUCGGCCAACGCCGGGUCCUUGGGAAACGGCCGCCGGUGACAUCCAACCCAACCGGCGCCUCGGGGGGUUGGAUCCGGCUGUGCUUUACGCUUUCCGUGUCUUGGCCGUUAAUCACCGGACGGCCGGGUACCCCUCGGAGGUGCAGACGCCAGCCGAGCCUCCCUUCGAGGCGUACCCAGCGGUGACGGGCGCGGCGGUGACGGGGAUGUUGGUGGCCACCGUGGCGUCGCUCCUGGCCGUGCGCUGGGUCGCCCAUCACCGGGACACGCUCCCAC